UUCAAAUACAACGGUACAGUGCAGACAUCGAAUCGAUUUCCACCGAUAUUCUGAAGAUUUCAUACACAGUUGAUGCUCUUGUCCGCAUGUGCCUAUUGCUUUGCGCAAAUUUAAACUCGUCCUCCCGUCUCUCCCCGACUUCGGAGCCGUCUCCACCUUCACAAUGCCCCACACGACCUCGAAAGUCGUAGUAACACGCAAUCUGAUCGAUGAAGCACAACAACUACUAGAAGCUGAUAACUCAUUGGAGAUUGUCCAAUGGAAGAGCGAUCAACCAUGCGAUCGAUCUUGGUUGCUGGAGAAUGUGAAAGGGGCAUCUGGCAUCCUGCUUAUGCUAUCAGACAAGUGCGACGAUGAGCUAUUGCAAGCAGCGGGGGAACAACUGAAAGUUGUUGCAUCUUUCUCGGUUGGGACCGACCAUGUGGAUCGCGAGGCUCUGAAGAAGCGCAACAUCCGCCUCGGAUACACACCGACAUGUCUGACUGAUGCUGUUGCGGAUCUGUCGGUCAUGCUUAUCUUGAUGGCGCAAAGAAGAGGUGGAGAAGCGAUGGGGAAGGUGGCGAUGGGAGAGUGGAGUUCAAUGCCAUGGCAUCCACUGCUCAUGGUGGGACCGCAAAUACGCGGAGCAACUGUCGGAUUCCUGGGGUUUGGGAGAAUAGCCCAGGCAACGUUGAAGCGUCUCAUACCCUUUGGUAUCAGCCGUGCGCUCUACUUGACAUCCAGAGCCGGCCAACCUGCGAAGGACGAUCACUACGGUCUACUGAAAGAACCCUCGGUCCCAACCGAACCGGCAAAGAGCUGGGAGGAACUGGCUAGCGAGAGCGACGUCGUUAUCGUAGGCUGCUCGCUGUCUCCAAGCACCAAGCAUCUAGUCAAUGCGGACUUCUUCGCAAAAAUGAAGAAGCUUGCGGUUCUCGUUAAUAUCGCACGCGGGCCGGUUGUUGAUACCAAUGCCUUAGUGGAGGCACUCGAGAAGGAGGAAAUCUUUGGAGCAGGGUUGGAUGUGAUCGAGAACGAGCCGAACAUUCCGGCCGAUCAUCCAAUAUUGAAGCAGCCUCGAUGCGUUUUGCUGCCACAUAUUGGGUCCGCGACGAUUGACACAAGAGUGGACAUGGCGACGGAGUCGGCGAGGAACUUGUUGGCGGGUCUCAGAGGGGAAGCCAUGGUGAAUGAGGUUGAGUUGUAGAUCCUCUGUCAUAUUGAAUGUAAGCAAUAAAGCAUGCAAACACCAACGUUGAGAAGGUGCUUCGUUCGCGCAAUUACUAUGGCCAAAUUCGCCAUUCAGAAUAGGACCGGGCAGCCAGGACGCUUCAAGCAACUACAAUAUUAGAGCUACGUAC